AUGAUGUUCAAAGCUGCUGUCAUCUUUCAAUUGUUGGCACAAUUGGCGUACUGUUACGCACCAAGCACCGUUGAUUGUCCUUCCGGCUCAUUGUUAAGAGAAGCCACCAACAUCUCGUCGUCCGAAGCAUCAUGGUUGACCAAAAGAGACGCCAUCACCCAAGCCAAUCUCGUCGAUUUCCUCGCCAAUCGUGCCAAGUUGAACGAAUCUGAAUACUCAUCGUUCCUCAAUGACUCUGAUAACAUGAAACUUUCCAUGGCCUUCUCCGGUGGGGGGUUCCGUGCCAUGUUGACCGGGGCCGGCCAACUUGCUGCUCUUGAUAGUAGAACUAACGGGGCCAAUGAAUCAGGGCUCGGUGGGUUAUUGGAUUCCGCUACUUACAUCUCUGGUCUUUCUGGGGGUAGUUGGCUCGUGGGGUCUUUGGCCAUGAACAACUGGACCAGUGUUCAAAGCAUCAUUGAUAACGACGUCAGUCUUUGGGAACUUGACAAUGUCCUUUAUAACAUGGGCAGCUCAUACGCCAUCUAUUCCUAUUUCCUCCAAUGGAUGUCCGAUAUCAAGACCAAGAAACAAGCAGGGUUCCCAGUGACUUUCCUUGAUAUCUGGGGUCGUAUUAUUUCCGAUGCCCUUUUCCCAGCAUCAGAAGAUUAUGGUGUCAACAUUACUUUUUCAGGUUUGCAAGACUUUGAAACAUUUACUAAUGGUAAAAUGCCAUUGCCAAUGUUUGUCAGUGAUGCCAUUAUUAAUUCCUACGGGGUCACUGCCGCCAACUCCACCUUGUUUGAAAUCAACCCAUUUGAAUUCGGUAGUUGGGAUAACACCACAAAAUCUUUCACCCAAACUAAAUAUUUGGGGUCUAAUGUCAACAAUGGCUAUUCAAUCAAUGGCUCCUGUGUUGCCGGUUUCGAUAAUGGUGGGUUCCUCAUGGGUUCUUCUUCCAAUAUCUUCUACAGUUUGAUGGGUGCUAUGUCUGGUUCUUCUAACGCUCUUGUCACCGAAAUGGAUACCGUUCUUGAAAUGGCUUACAAAUACCUUAAUCAAACCCAAGACAACAAUACUUUCAAAUCACUCUACGAACCAAACCCAUUCUACAACAGUGAUGACUCUAACUAUACCGAUAUCACCACCUCUACUUCUUUGGGUCUUGGUGACGGUGGUGACGAUACUGAAGGUAUCCCAUUCGAACCAUUGUUGCAACCACAAAGAAACGUCGAUGUGAUUUUCGCCUUCGAUUCUUCUUCCGACACCACCGACAGCUGGCCAAAUGGUAACUCUCUUGUUUCUUCUUAUGAACGUCAAUUUUCUUCUGAUGGUUCUGGCGCUGCGUUCCCAUACGUUCCAUCCAGUGCCGGAUUCGUCGCCCAAAACCUUACUUCCAAGCCAACUUUCUUUGGGUGUAACGCCUCUAAUCUCACCUCAUUGGCCAAUAUCCCACCACUUGUGGUUUAUAUUGCCAAUAAAGAUUAUUCUUUUGCUUCAAACACUUCCACCACCAAAUUGGCUUACACUGAUGCGGACAAGUAUUCUAUGAUCCAAAACGGGUUUGAAACUGCCACCAGAAACAAUUUCACCGAUGAUGCUGACUGGGCCACUUGUGUGGGAUGUGCCAUUAUUAGAAGAUCUCAAGAAAGAGCCGGGAUCGAGCAAUCCGAAGCUUGUAUGCAAUGUUUCAGUGAAUACUGUUGGGAUGGUAGCACCGAUGAAGAAGAAACCAGUGACGCAACUACUUCCACCACCAGUACUACUGCUACUAACUCUUCUACUGCUUCUACCAGUGCCUCUGCUUCUAGCAGCUCUGCCAGUGGCAAGAAAAACGCUGCUGGUGCUUUGUCCAACAAUAACAUGCUUUUGAUUGCCGGUGGGGUGGUCUCUAUCGUAUUUUCCUUGCUCUGA